AUGAACUUUCUCGAUACUUACGACAUUGCAAGCUCACCCACCCCGCCUGCGAACCAGCCAGAGACGAGUCUGAACGAGGAGGUCCAGCAGGUCGUUGGGCAGCUCUCCCGUUUCUGGGGCGGUUUCAGGAAACAGAGCCAGGCAGUCAUUGAGACUGCGCGCAAGGACCUGGGCGAAGCGGUCACCCAAGCCCAGAAGGAGCUCAGCAAGCUCGCGGAAGCUCCCGCUGAACCAAGCACAUCAUCUACUGAGGAGGGUGCAACUGACCCGUCCGCCGACGCAGAGAGCGGCGAGAAGGACAAGAAUGCAACACCACACGCAAGCACGCCCGACGACGUCGACAACGACGACGACACAACCCCCGAACCCAGCACCUCGCAAUCCCAGACCCUCCUCUCCCGGCUCCAAGCGACCCUCCCUCCAAACCUCGUCGCCGCCGUGCAAGACAAGCUUCCCGAGUCGCUCACGCACGCCCGCUCAACGUCGCUCUCUGCCCCCGACUUCGCCGCGCUCAGGAGCACACUCGCGGGCGAGCUCGCGCGCGUGCAGGGCCAGAGCGGCGAGCUCCUCCAGCGCGUCCAGGCUGGUGACCUCCUCCACAAGGGUGAGGGCCUUCUCAAGCAGGUCCAGGGCGGCGGUGAGGAGUUCCUGCGCGAGGCGGGCGAGUUCCUGCGCGAGGCCGUGCGCGUCGUCCCGCCCGACUCGUCGGAGGGCUCUGCGGGCGUAGUGUGGGACGGCACGGACGUGUGGAUGAUCCCGGCAUAUUCGCCCACGGCGACGCCGACGGAGGACCCGGCGAGCGAGAGGGGCAAGGGGAAGGGGAGGGAGCGCCGGUCGGUGGAUAGCGCGAGAGCGGCGACGAGGGCGCAGGCGAUGCUCACGCAGCUGCGGCAUGACCCGCAGGUUGUGCGCACGGACCCGAGUGCGAACCCGACGGAGCGGGAGGCGUUCGCAGCGUGGACGGCUAGGGAGGUAGAUGCGAAGGGCGGGAUUGACGGGGCAGUGUGGUCGAAGCGGAUCGAGGAUGAGACGGCUGAGAGGGAAGAGUUGGCGACAUUGCUGGAGCCUUUGGUUCCUGCGGAGAUCGACGCGUCGACGUUCUGGACACGCUAUUUCUUCCGAGUACACCAGGUCGAGCGCGAGGAGGAACGGAGAAGAGCACUCCUCCAGGGUACAACCGAGCACGAAGACGACUUCAGCUGGGAAGACGAUGACGACGACGCUCCCGCAACCUCUCCAACUGCGUCGCCCGCCAAGCUCACAAACCCGUCCACAUCCAGCCCCGCAUCCGCCGUCCCGCCCAACUCGGCAGCGGCAGCAUCGACCCCCGCGGCGUCCACACCCGCCACGGCCAGCCCCCGCCAGAGCAGCGAGGAGAGCUACGACGUGGUCUCCUCGCAAGUGAGCCGGACGGCGAGCACGGUCGACGUCGCCGAGGAGAAGGAAAGGGAGGAGCCGGCCCCGGCCGCUGUGAAAGAGAAGGGCAAGGCGGCAGGUGAGAAGGAGAAGGACGACGGUGAAGAGGACAGCGAUUGGGAGUGA